AUGCCUGCGAAAAAGCAGUGGGACGAGGAGGAAAGCGACUCCAGCACUCCUCCUUCUUCUCCUCCUGUUGCCGCUGCUCGCCGGCGCCAGUUUGAAGAUGAGGAAGACGACAGUGAUGUGCUCGAAUCUUGGGACGCCGCCGAGGAUUCAGAGGUAGAGCGUGAGAAAGAGCGCCAGGCCUCAGAAGCCAAGACAAAGGCUGCUGCUGAAGAUGCCCUCAACAAGAAGUCCAAGACUGAGAUAAUCGCCGAGCACCAGGCCAACCGUGCCCGUCAACGUGCGGAAGAGGACGAUGAGACCGAGGACGACGAGACCGAAGCACAGCGCCGCGAGAGACUGCGUCGUACGGAGCAAGAGGCGGAUCUGCGUCAUGCCGAAGAUCUGUUCGGCAGCGUUGGUAUCAGUAGCGGCCGCAAGGCUCCGACUAUCGGCGCCGCCAUUGUUGUCGACGAACAAGACCCGACCAAAACUGUGAAUCUUGCUUCUCUACCACUUUUAAAUCCGCAGACAAAGAAGCAGUUUGAACUUAUGCGCACUACACUUUCGCCUAUCAUCAAUGGGAAUAGCAAGAAGGCCCACUACAGUCUCUUCCUUGAGGAGUUCGUCAAGGACCUGGCAAAGGAGCUGUCAAGUGAUCAGGUCAAGAAAGUUGCCAGCGCACUGACUCGCCUCAGCAACGAGAAGAUGAAGGACGAGAAAGCCUCCGAUAAAGGGGGCAAGAAAACAAAGGCCGCCAAGACAAAAACUUCACUUGUCACCAACCGUGCCAAUGCCACGGAUAUGUCAGCAUAUGAUGACGAUGCGUUCGGGGAUGAUGACUUCAUGUGA